AUGGCGGCCAAGUCAAAGAAGCGGCUGUCUAAAAUUGAAAAUAAGUUACUGAAAUUGGAUAAAUUAGAGUUAAAAGAUGUUUUUUGUUCAAUUUGUCACUCUAUCCUUAUAGAACCUGUAACAUUACCCUGUUUUCAUGCAUUUUGUCACAAUUGUUUCAACGGUAGCAUAGAAAAUAAUGCUUUGUGUUGUCCCCUGUGUCGUCUACGAAUUGGAUCUUGGCUUAGAACAGCAACAAAACAAAAGAAUUUAGUGAACGUUGAGCUCUGGAAUUAUAUCAAGUCUAAAUUUUCAUAUGAAAUUGCUACAAAGACUAAAGGAGAAGACGUAGUCAUCCCAGAAGAGAAACCAAUAACAAGACUAAGUGCCCCUGGGGAAAUAAGACAGGAAUAUGAACUUGAGCUAAAAAGACUGCAGGCAGAGCGCUUACAACUAGAGCAGAAACAAUACCAGGAGACUGAACUCCUUAUCAAAAAGAUUCAAGAAGAAGAAGAGGAAGCACACAGAAAAUAUUUGGAAGCUUUGAAACAAGAUGAGAUUUUAGCACAACAAAUGCAAAGUGAAAAUCCUAAAACUUCAGCACCGCAGAGUACAAACAAAAGACAAAAUUUAAGAUGCAGCACAAUAAAACCACAACUCAGAGUCGCCAAAAUCGACGAAUUUCUAUCUAAAAAACAAAUUACAGCAUGUAAGAAUAGUCCUUUAUUAACUGAUGACAAUACUUCUAGUACGGACAGAUCUACUCCAAUUGCAUCUACAGCAAAGGUAACUAAUCAUACUUCACCUGAAUUGGUGCCAAGUUACGGGAAGCUGCUUAAAAAUUUAAUUGACAAAAAAAUAAAAGCUGGUCCUGGCCUGUGGAAUAAAGAAAAUGGUGUCAAAGAAAUGAAAGAUACUGUAACUGGGCAUAAAUGUACCGACACAACAGACAGUAAAAUAUCAAAAAAUAAAAAUGGUAUACAAUCGCUACUUGUGUCACUACCGUUGCCUUGUGCCGGUAUUCUACAACAUAAAACAAAUAUUGUAGAAAACAAAAACUUGGAAACGGACAGUGUGGACUCAAUGCGGCAGGAGCUGUGCUAUUUUAAACCAAUAGAAGGAACAACUCCAACCAGCUUCAACUCAAGCAAAGGUUUGCCAGUUCGUGUGCCAGGUCUAAGAUUGGACAGAGAAACAGAUGAAAUGCAGUAUGAGGUGCCUCCGAGUCGCGCCCAGUACUUGGAAGGUCUUUGCCGACUCCGUAACUUGUCCUUAGCAAAGAAUUUGCCAUCAGCUUUUGUAAUAGCACUUAAUUUGCUGCAAGUGAAAAAGGAAGUACCUGCAAAAUGUACAAACACGAGGUCUAAAAUGAAGAGAACUCCUAACUCACGCGUUGUGCCAACAUUGCCACAGAAGAAAAGUACCUCAAGUAGAAAUAAACAAAACACAAUAGAUGGUAUUAACAAAUUAAAUACAGAGACAAAUCUUCGGCGGACCAGAUCCAUGGGAAGCAUAACAAAAGAAGACAAUGAAACCACACCAAAAAAAGCUAAACUCAACUAUCGAAAAGCUUGUUCCGAUAGAAAGCCAUAUUUAACCUCUCCUAUGCUUUGUCUCAGAUCUAUAGUGCAGGAGCAGUUAAGGAUCGAGAAGAUAAUUGAGCAAGAGAAGAACGAUUAUGAGUUCGCGUGCAAGGUGCAGGCGGAGUGGAACGGCCGCCGCGCGCCGCGCCGCGCCGCCGUCAAGCGCCAGGUCUCAAUCAACUAUGCUCUGAGGCCCGCCAAAAAGUUAAAAGUAUAA